CAAGAUCGCAAAUCGGUACAUCCUCGUGAAUCCGUUCAGACUGGCUCUGAACGCGAACGUUUAUCGGUGGGAUUGAAUGGACAAUGUGGUUUCACACGAUAACCCACUUUAUAUACGGUCCGAGCUAUUAUGCGAAUCGUGAUUUGCCUUUGUGUUAGAGAUUAGAGUAAUUAGUGGCAGUACCGUCCGCAUCAGCAGCUUGUGGAAACAGAUAAUCAAAGCCGAAUGUCAAUUGCAUAUUUAUAUCAAUGGAUCGCUAUCGGUUCUGUAUUUUGUAAACAAUCGCUGUUUGGUCUCGGAGAUUCUUUUUGUCUUCCGACAGCCAACAUAGCAAUUCCGAUUGAUCCGCCGGUGACAAUGUUGCUCGAGGUGGAAGAAGCAAUAAUCGGCAACGUGAAUGAGCGAUCGGACGGCGAAUAAGUUUUCUUUAAUGAUCUUCUCUCUCGGUUCGUAUGCGGUAGUGAUUACAUAAAUCUCUCUGUUUACUGCGUGGGGAGAGGAAAAAUAUUGUUGAUCAACCGUUAGGAAAAUUCCGAUUUUUCUGAUCAGAAGCAGAUGUGAGAUAACUUAAUCUCAGAAACUUGAUGCAUAAUUCGAAGCAUUUGAAAUUCCUGGAACAAGGCUCGGAGGUUGAAUUUCUCCCGAAUUCAAAAUACAUAUCGAACUCGAUCUCAUUCCUACUACAAGGAUCUAUGGAUCCUGCGGUGACCAAUUAGACGCUGUUUUAAUGCGUAUUGACUUAUCGGCGAUGGAUCGUCGAAUUGAUGAUAGGAUGGAAGAGCUGAUUCCGACUCCAGGAAAAGAUCUGUCUCGCUCGACCGGUAUUGGCACGAUGCCACUACGACUGAACGUGUCCACGAUACUCUUGUUUUUCGCUGUUGUAGCAGUGCUGUCCGCCAAAAAUUCAGAACGUUCAAAGAAAAAGAAACCUAAUGCGUCGAAAUUCAGUGAUAACAUUAGCAAAAAUCCUUUUCUUCAAAGCACAAACACGCAGCUAAAUCAUAGUAACGACAAGAAUAUAUUCCUCCAGGAUCGUGACACAACCAUAAAUUGGGAUAACAUUUUUGUACUAGCUCCUGUCACCCAAUCCCCAACUAACAAUGGCAUGAGACAGGAUCAGGGUAUACCUCUGGGUAACAGCACAAAGAACACAGAACAGGCUGACAAUGUUAUUCCUACUUACAAUACUAAUCCCUUCCUGCAAUUACAAGUUAAUGCAAAUAAAAAUACUGCAACUCCUUCUACGAUUAACCCAGGUGAAAAUGUAAAACCAGACACUGCGAAAAUAUCGGAUAGGCUCUCCGGAGGAUCAAAUAAAUAUGGAAAAUUAAGAAGAAAGUCAGAAUUCAUGUGCCAGCAGUAUGGAAAACAAAUUUCAGGCACAACAGAAGUGUUGCACUUGGUUUCCAUACCAACGGUGACCUCGGUUGCCACCGAUGCCUGUUCAGAUGCAAAUCAGCUUGUUAUCGGAGGUGUCACUGCCACUCCUGGUGAGUUCCCUCACCAGGUUUCUCUUGGUAAAAUCACCGAUGGAGUGUACAAAAAUUUAUGCGGUGGUUCAUUGAUCGCACCAGAAUGGGUACUCACUGCAGCCCACUGUACUUACAGCCCAAGCCCCUCAGUUGUGCGUAUCGGUUUCCAUGAUCUACGGGACACGGACCGUGGUAUUUCGGCGGCGGUGAACAUAGUUGUACGGCAUCCUGGUUACAAGCCUCCUUCCAUGUACGACGACAUAGCUCUUAUAAAGAUGGACAGAGCUAUUGAAUUUAAUAAAAGCAUCAGACCCGGUUGUCUGUAUCAACGGUACGACAGUGUACCGACGAAAGCGUGGGUUAGCGGCUGGGGUGUCAUUGAAUUUGACGAUGAAGAAGGAAGCAACACACUGCAGAAAGCUGAGCUCACAAUUCUUGAUAAUAUAAGAUGCGCGCUAAGCCACAAGCCAUCGAUACAGAUACCAUACGGCAUCACGCCAAAUAUGAUCUGUGCCGGAGAUCCUACAGGUGGAUGGACGAGAGACAGUUGCCUGGGUGACUCUGGCGGUCCAUUGCAAAUCAUUCAUCCAGAAAACCAAUGUCUCUUUCAGGUAUUUGGUAUCACUAGCUUCGGACAGGGUUGCGCGUUUGCUAACAUGCCUGGAGUGUACACGAAGGUCUCGCAUUAUCUUAAUUGGAUAGAGGAUAACGUUUGGCCGUCAGUCUAAAUUCGUCGUAUGAAUGUACGUCUCGCUUUGCAAAGAUAAAAAAGUUCGUUUAUUUUUUCAAUAAUUGACCCGAUUGAUCUCAAGAUUAGAAAGUCAAAAUACAUUUAAUAUUAAAAUUGUUUAAUGUACAUUGGAGAGAAUGAUAUACGUUUCUUAGAGGUACAGUAAAGAGUACAUCUUCGAGAACAUUGGAAAAAUUUUCGAAAUAUUUUACAAAGCCUUGAGAUGAUUCUGCUAAAUUAUUCUUUUUGUAUGGUUUCCGUUAUUCCUUUCUGUCAAACAAGAAAGAAAAUUUGCUAAAUGUAUGAAACGCUAAAUAAUCGUAGCUUGACUAGAGGUGUUUAAACUCUGCGAGAAUAGCUUCUUCGUGACUGUCGAAAAUAAAUGCGAAAUCUGCCGUAUGCGACACAGGAAUUAUACUCAAGAGAUCUUUGCAUCGUGAAUGGUCCUCCAUGUUAGUCCAUCCCCAUAUGGGCCAUGGUUCGACGGAAAAAGUAUAUACCACCAGCUUCUAUAAUUGAGAAAAGAAAAGCAGCAUUAUUUAUUUAACGAGUGUAUUAAAGGUGAUUUUAUCCGUCA